CGUCAGUAUCCAGUGCAAUCACAGGAAAUUGUAGUUGAAGUGCCCGUCGUUCCUGUUGUUGAAUAUUACGUGUGUUGUAACCUACGGGUUGUUGCUAUCACCAACAUCUAUGUAGUGCAGUUUUAUUUUAGUGACUUUUAUUUGUGAUGACAGUGGGCAGGUAAAACCAAAAAUGGGGACUAUCGCCUUGGAGGAGUAUGAGUUAAUGAAAGAUUCGAAGUAUCGAGUGUACGUGUCAGCCGUUGACAAAGCACUGAAAAGCUUCGAGUACACAAGUGAGUGGGCUGAUCUAAUUUCCGCCCUUGGCAAACUCAACAAGGUUUUGAUAAGCCACACCAAAUUCCCAGUGAUACCGAGGAGAAUAAAGAUCAGCAAGCGAUUGGCACAAUGUAUGCACCCUGCUCUGCCAUCUGGUGUCCAUCUCAAGGCUCUGGAAACGUACGACAUCAUCUUCAAAUGUAUGGGAACCAACAGGCUGAGCCACGAGCUCUUCAUAUACAGUGCAGGUCUGUUCCCACUUCUAGGUCACGCCGCCAUGAACGUGAGACCAUCAUUGCUGACUGUUUACGAGACACACUUUGUGCCCCUGGGAGAGAGGUUGGGCCCAGGACUCAGUGGGUUUCUGAGUGGGGUCCUGCCGGGCCUGGAGGAAGGCUCCGACCAUUUUGAUAGAACCAAUUCUCUGCUGGAGAAGGUGUGUGAGGGGGUGGGAGCAGCUCACUUCUACGGCUGCCUCUGGGAUUGUCUGGCGUCCAAUGCUGCGGUGAGAUUGCCAGCCAUAUCCUUCGCUCUCGCGCACUAUGACAGGCGACUCAGCACCGAGGACCAGUUACACAUCAUGGGCACCAACAUUGAUGUCAUGGUGGCAGGUUUGUGUGCCUGUGUUCAUGAUUCCAGCGUGUUGGUACAGCGCAGUGCCCUCGACCUGUUGCUUAUCGGUUUCCCCAUGCACAAUAGUCAGCUGCUCAAAUCUGACAUGGUCAGGCUUGUCACAGCAUCCCUGGCCACCAUUCUACGCAGGGACAUGUCACUCAACAGGCGACUGUAUGCUUGGCUGUUGGGGUCGGAAGUGAACGUGUCUUUGCUGAGCUCAGAACAUCCCCUGGUGAAGCGCAGCAAGAGCUCGGAGUCCCUGGCCGCCAGCAACCUCUACUUUGAGAUGUUCUCACGGGAAAUGUUGGUUCAGGCAAUCAAGAACAUCUUGGGUGAGGCAAUCGGCCAAAGUCCCCAUGACCUGAGGCCGUACAGGCUACUUGUUUCUCUGUUGGACAAGGUGGACAUCGGUCCUGUCAUCUUAGACGAUAUACUCUUUGAGGUCUUCAGGCUACUGUACCUGUGCUGCUCUGGGUCAACCAAGUCCAACAGUACGGAACUGUUCAAGUCAGCCAACUUGCUAUUCUCAUCCUUAGAGCCCCGCUACAUGUGGCAUUACACAGGUCAACUGGUGGCUGCAGGCUGUGCCAGGGCUCACCUCCCUCCACAGCCCAACGUAGUAAACCCUGUGGGCUCCGGUGAUCCGGGACUUGUUGAGGUCUGUGCACUGACAGAGUUCCUGCUGGAUACGGUGUCACUAGAGACUUACUCUGACACUCCCAGCGAGCACCUGCCUUCCUUGUUCCUGCAGAUCGUGACACUGCUGACCGACCACUGUGACAUGCUCAGUCCAGUACAGACAGCACGGGCCUUGCAACUCUGUGCCAAAAUACUGACCAGGGUCCAGCCCACCAUAGUGGCUCAUAGUCAGACGGAGAGUGCAGACCCACACAAGGAGCAACAGAGAGGGGAGAGCAGUGGCACGGCGACAGACACGACCAGUGUGUCGGACUCUGCCAGCAUGUCGGGGCCUGAGUCCGCAGUCAGCAGAGAGACGAGUCGAGUGAGCACUGAGAGUCACACCAUCUUGGAGCAGUGUCUGCGGCAGUACGAGAAGUUUUAUGUUACAUUUGUAUAUGGGACUAGACUGAAGGUAGGAGAGACCAAGAGUAUCUCUGUACUGCUGGAGACUCUCAGGAUAAAAUCAAACCAGACCAGCUGUGAGGAGAGAGCCAGGCAGUUAGAGACGUUGCUGAGAGCUGUGCUGGAAGACAAGGGUGGAGGUCGGAAACCAGUGGAGGGGGCUGGGGAAGGAGAUGUUGGGCCGCUGUUUAUGUCCAGCCGUGUGGUGGGAGGUACUGCUGGGUUGGAGUGGACAGAGGCUAUGACUGUGGCGUCUAGACUCCUGGUGGACUUGUCUACCCUGCAGACAUUCUUCCAGGUCCCGACCACCCCCUCUGUGCUGGACCAGGACUAUACAGACACUGAAAGCAGUAUAGAUGUGUUACCAGAAUGGCUGAGGGUUCUCAUUGUCUGUGCUUGCUGGCUGCAUUCCUCUACAUCCCUUCAGAUGAUUGCCAUCAGCACCCUACUCGAUCUGGUGACUCUGUGUCGCACGGCCCAGUCGCUUGUGGCUAGUACCUCCACAGACCACCAGAGUGUGACCACUGUGCUCAUCCUGCCUCUACUCACCUCCGCUCACCUCCGCUACAUGGAGAUCCACACCAACAUCUUCCAGGUGAUAGCCCACUGGCUGUGGGGACAGCUCUCCAGUCCUGUGGCGGCCGAGCGCGUACGCAGUGUGGAACUGCUACACCAGUUGCAGAGUGCGUUAGCAAGUGGAGAUGUUGUGGAGGACUGUAUCGGAGAAGCAUUCAUGGCACGGUCCAGCGGAGCCCGGCUAUCCGCUUUCCGCACCUUCACCACUCUCUGGCACAUCGGUCGUGAGGUUAACGCCCGUCUUGGCAACUCACUCCGUGUUUCCGAUAUCUUCUACAAAUCAAUGUUGAAAAUGUUGGAUAAUCUUCAGCUACCAGACAGCAGUGCUCUCAAGGUGGAGGCUCAGAACUGGCUGUUACAUUCCUUACUGCGUGGGGACAUACACCGCCUCCUGGAUCCUAUACUGACUAUGCUGUUGGAACCUGCCACAGCACGUGUGAGCGUGCUGCAUGUGCGCAUCCAGCAACAUGAUGAGAACAACUUCACGGACCCAGCAAAUGACGACAAGUCCCCACGAAUAUACGCUAUCAGCUCUGUCGAUGGUAAUGUCAUCUACCAUGUGGCAGAAAAGUGUGCACGUAGUGAAACCAAACCCGGUAAAGCUAAACGUGUGUUUGCAGUGCAGACAACUUUAGCUGGACAGGACUCUAGUAAACUAAAUGCAAAAUAUGUGACUGAAAAAAAGGCGACAAUUUUAUCUGACGACAUCGGCGAUCCUUAUCAGGCGCAUUCAAAAAAUUUAAAUUUACUCCAAAACAUUUCAGUUUUUGUAAAUCCAUUCUCAAGGGACAGCCUUCAUAAAGAAGCGAUCAACACAGACUUUGAUGACUACUAUGAGGAUAGGAAAGAAAACAACGGAGAGUUGAUCGGGAAGGCAAUUAGGUUUAAUGGAUUGGACUUAGAUAAGAAUAAAAGUAAAUCCACCGAAGGUUCUAAUAGAUUAGGUGCGAGUGAGGAGAAACGUAAGAGUAAAAUGUUUAAAGUACAGAGAAACAAUUCUUUUACAUCAUUAGAACACGAAAUUUCCAGAACUGAAAGCAACCAGACAAAAUCCUCUGUCGAUCUUUUACAGUUGGCAUCGCUCUCGGACACAAUUUUUACAAAAGUGAGUGAUGGAGAAAGUUUUGAGAAGACUCGAAGUGGGAGAGGGUCUAUCUCCAGUGAUGGAUUGGUAACAGCCGCCAGUGCGGACACUAACGGGGAGAUGGUGCGUAGUUGGUCAUACCCUGGGAAGGAUUCGGACUCCUGUGAGCCUGACGAGUCAACCUGUGCAGAGGAAUACUUUAAGUCUCCCAGCGCCCCUGAGACCUGGAGAGACUCUGAGGGCUGGACUGUAGUGGAGGAUGUUAUGAGUGAUCUGCUGGACAGGGUUGCUGCUCUGUCUGGGGACUUUGAGGUGGUGAAAGAGUCAUCAAGCUCGGAGCCUAGCCUGCGCAGUAACUCUACAUCUACUCCUAGUGCGCCUAGACGCCACCUGCAGUACCGUGCAUCCCUCACAUCCGGUAACGUGGACCACUUACACUCCCACCUGCUACUAUACUGUGGCGUGUAUGACAGCCAACGGGCACUAUACGCACUGCAGACUGUACGCAAUAUGCUGGCCACCAACGCACGGGCCUUUCUCUGCUCCUCCUCCACUACUGGUCUUGUUUCAAGAUCUCCUCUGCUGAAACUCGUGGCGAGACACCGUAAGUCUAUCUUCGGCCGAGGGUUCCUAGGAGAACUAGACGCUAGCAGCACUCGCAGUUCCAUGUACCUGGAAGUUAUCAUCACGACCUGUCUGUACUACAUGCGCAGUUACUAUCCCAACCUGGGACAGAACAGACUCACUGCGGAGGAGAUACAUGCUAACAGACAAGUUCAGAUUAGCAGUGUUGAACUGUUGUCACUGGUGUGCUACGAGCUAACGGCCAUUGUGAGGGACAGUGGACGUGGACUGGCCUGCUACCUGGCGGACCUGCUGUCUCGCAUCAAGCUGCAGAAGAUCACCCUACACUGUGUCCUCACGAGUAUCCCCUCCUCACGAGAUUUGCCUCGCUCCUUCACCCAUGAGAUACUUGCCUUCAACGAUAACACAGACGAGAGCUUGGCAUCUCAGGGAGAGGCCUUCCAGGUGCAGAUACUCAGGUUUCUGCUAUCACUGAUAAUGUUAGAACAUGAGGUGAACCAGCGGAAAGGAGAGUCAGAGGCAGAGACAAAGGAAUCUCAUAGUGGAGAGCUACGCUACGUGAGCGGCCGUGCCCUGCCGCAACAGCCCAUGCUGCUAGCGGCCAUACUGCGUGCUCUGGAGGCUCCUGGCCGUGCUGCCUGUGCACAUACACACUGGACUGCGCUGGUCACGUGUGCGCUGCCUUAUCUGGGCGCAGCUCUAACUCGUGUCGUCACAGCCGUUGUCAAGCAACUAUGUGCCAAUGUAGAGCAACUGUCCAAGGCAUUCAACCCCUCGGAUAGUAAUGUGAUCAGUAUGCCAGCAGAUUAUGCCAUCACUCAAGUAGAGGCCCUGACUGUCCUCUGCCACUAUUGCCUGCUGGAUUCUGCCACUCCCUUCAACCUACCACUGGGAUCCACCACCUCCACUCCUGCUCAGAUCUUCAACAAUCUCAUACAUGUAUUCAUGCCUUCACCUCUCCUCAUUAACAAAGACAAGAUAGAGCCGCAAGUGAGUGCACGGAAAGCAGUGCUGGGCAACUUGCCGAGAGUAAUAGCCAGUGUGGCAGUGCUGUGGCAGGCCCUCACACAGCGGAAAGAAAGGGAGAGUGAGAACUGUGAGGCUGGCAGUCCACGGGUGGUGAGACAACAGCUGCUGGAGUUUCUGAGCCCUGUGGCACUACAUCACGGCACCAGCUUCCUGGCAGCCAUGGCAGUGGUGUGGCGAGAACGGAGGCCCUCCACCCUGCAGACAAACUACGCGGUACUGGCCCAGGCGAGUGAAGGUCAACAGGUGCUGGUGCAGCUGCUGAGUGCUAUCAAGGCUAUGCCAAUAGAUACUCUGGUACAGACUCUACACCAGGUGGUCAAACAGCCUGCCAUGAACCAGCAAACUGCGAUGAGUGUGGAGGUGAGCGCUCUGGAACUGUUCUUACACUACAUCCAGUUGAUUCCUGGGGUGAGCCUGGCAGAGAGUUGGGGCUCACUGUUAGCCUUGCUGCGCGAGGGACCCUCCCUCUCACCCCCCGCCCAGUUCCUGCUGGUGGGAGUUCUAAGUCAGUUUGUAAACCGCUGCCCCGCCCUCGCUGACAAGAAGGAUGUCCGUGACCUUCAGGACAUUACUGCUAAGCUGGUGGAGUCGUGCUCACAGAUUGCAGGAGCAAACUUGGAACAGACAACAUGGCUGAGGCGCAACCUGGCUGUAAAGGAAGAGGAAGUGCCACAGCCACCGUCACCUGAGUGUACAGACAAGUAUGAGGAAAUAGAGUCAGAGCCAGUGGUUAACGGCAUUGACAACCUAACCUCUUACGAUGUUUCACCGCAAAAGAAGAUAAAGUCCAAAUCGAAACUGAAAAGGGUGACGAAAAAGAUUCGCCAAGACGCUGAAAAGCUGCAAAUCCGAGCGCUCCACCAAUGGUUUUCCCGAUCAUUUGUGCAUGAGGGAAAUUUCCCUGUAGAGAGGGACGGCUUGCAAAACAACAGUGCAACUACAUCAGUAGCACAGUACAGUGUGGCAGCCCUGACUGUGUUGGCUCAACUGUUGGCACCCCUGCUGGAUGUCAGUUAUGGCAGCCAAGAGAAGGAAAGGGUGGUAACACUGCUCACCACUCUUAUGUACAACGUCACGCCCUACCUUAAAAACCACACUCAGAGGAACGCAGCCAGUCUGUAUGCCAGUUCACAGCUGCUGGCCAGUCUCAGUGGGUUCCAGUACACUCGGAAGGCGUGGAGGAAGGACGCCAUGGACUUGCUGUUGGAGCCUACACUAUUCCAAAUGGAAGCACGGACACUCAUCUUUUGGAAAACGAUUGUGGAUAACCUCAUGUCCCAGGACACAGCUACCUUCCGUGAUCUCAUGGGUCGAGUGUCUGGAGGUCAGGGAAACUCGUUGAGCCUGUUCUCCAGCAGGGAGCAGGAGUACGAGCAGCGAGCCCAGCUGCUCAAACGUUUGGCCUUCGUCAUCCUGUGCAGUGAAAAGGAUCAGUUCCACAAACACACACCGGACAUCCAAGAGAGACUGGCCGAGAGUCUACGUCUGCCCCAGGUGGUUCCAGGGGUACAGUCACAGGUGUUCCUGUGUUUUCGUGUGUUACUGUUACGCAUGUCCCCUCACCAUGUCACCUCUCUCUGGCCCAUUAUAGUGUCCGAGGUGGUUCAAGUCAUGUUACACAUGGAACAUGAUCUGUCUACUGAUACAGAGGAGUUCAGGAGAAACAACAGUUCCCACAUCCGCCUGCUGUCAGCACUGGACUGGUCGUGGGUGGUGAACAGCAACAACGGUCUCCACGCUAACGGCCACCCUCACUGGCUACAGCUGCAGCUGGCUGCUGCCAAGCUGCUCUACCUGGCAGUGCAGUUACCGGCUGAUACCCUGCCACAGUUCCAGAUGUACCGUUGGGCAUUUGUGAGCAACCAGUGCGACACCCCCUUGUCCCAGCCCAAUGCUGAUUUUAUCCCACAUGUCACUCGUAUAGCUCGCCUUAUGGAUGCCAAGUUUGGAGGGCCGCCGGAAGAGAUUCCUUCUCCUCUCCUUCCACCUGGUAGCACGAUCCGUUCACUCAAGGACCUGCAUCCGUUCUUUACGGCCAUGAGCGGCGGCAAGUUUACCACAAUGUCACUUGCUGAGCUUGAGACCAACAUCGAACUAGAUUUCCUUGAGCCGAUGCCUGCGAGGUAAUUCUGUAAGCCCUUCAGCCCUUCCCAUGUCAUUCCGCAAGACCCGUCGCAGUGGACCUGUCGAUGGGCCGGCACUCGUUACCAGAUUUUUGGAUUAGUUGCGGCUUCACAGCAACAGCCAGUUUGUAUACUUGUGUAAAAAUGUAUAGUGUAUAUUUUGGCGGGUUUGUAUGAAAUUUAUUUAUUGCUUUUUUGGGCAUUGUUAUUUUAUAAUUGAUUCAUUUUGGUUGGGUGUUUUUUGUAUAUAAAUAUUGAAAUGUAAGUUUAACUUAAGAAUUGUUGCUGUUAUAGUGUUUACAUUUGUUAUUUUAGUUUGCUGUACUAAAAUUAAUUCUGAAUUUCAUCAAAUUUUAUGAUCAUUACUUCCUGUUAUGUUAUUAUAACUAUUACAUUGUUGAAUCGUCAGUUUUAUAACUUUAAAAGUUAAACUAUUUACUUGUUGCUAUGAAUUUAUUUAUUUAAGUAUAAGCCUUUACCAUGUGAUUAGUAUUAUCAUGAUUUUAUUUUUCCUUUAUAACUGACUUAAGCUGGAAUGAUUAUUUGUAGAAUAUAAUUAUAUUUUUGAGCAAUGUUUUAUUUUCCUUUUAAUGUUUCUAUUGUAUAUAGUGCCUAGUAUUAAUUAUGAAUAGGAUUAUUUAUUACCGCUGUAUUUUAUCAAAUGUUUCUAUAAAACUUUCACUUUGAUGAGCUGUAUGUAUUUUGGUGAUUUGAGAGUUAUUUAAGUAGCAUUGUAUUUGCCCUCUCUAAUCGUAGCAAUUUGUGAUAAUAAACCUAAUUUGUCUCCAGUUGUAGUAAAGUCUUUAAAUAGAGGUUUUUGUGUAAAAUAUUUAUUUUUCUUUACCUUAAUUUGCGGUGCUUUUUAUUCAUGUGAAAUAUUUGAACCCAAAAGACCUAACAGUGUAGAAUAUUGUUUGUGUACCAUAUAUCUCAAUUAAAUGUUAAAGCACAGCUAAAAAAUAUGAGUAAAUGAAAAAAUGCUUUGUUAUUAAUUAUCUACAGCUGAAAUUAUUGUUUCUUAUUCUAAUAAAUAUUAAAUUAAAUAACAUAACCUUAUUAUAAGAAGCUUAAUCAGAGUAUUCUAUUUUAAAUGGAUAAUAUAUAGUAUAUUAUACAUUCAGUGAACUAGCUGUAGUGAAACAAUGUCAAUUUUAAACCAUGCUAUGUCUUCUUACCAACAAACUGUUAUUAUUUAGAUCUAUUUUCAAUGGAAAAUAUAAACAAGAAAUUGAUUAAUUGGAAGAUAAAUCUUACAAUAAUAAAUUGAAUUUCAAUAAGGCAAUCUUAUCUUACAGGUUUAAACUAGUAGUAAAACUAAUUGAAUAUUAUUUUUAUAUUCAGUUAAGAUUAAAUAAAUUUAAAAUUAACACGAUCGUUUAUACACCCGUUUGCAGACAAAGAUUAUCCAUUUAUAUGUAAAUGAAGGCAUUAAAUAUUAGUGGGCUUGACUGACCUGGGUAUUCGUAGAAAGUCCUUGUGAUAUUCAGUUUUGUGAUUACUUAUAUUUUGGUGCUCUAUGCUUGAAAUUUUGCUCUUUUAUUAAUUUGUUUUCAUCAUAUUCAUGAAUACCAUCAUUUCAUGAAUUCAUCAUAUUCAUGAAUUAUAUUGAAAUUUUUUGCAUCACCAAGAACAUUGCUGUGGUAUUUUUUAUUUUUACUAAUAUCAUUUUAAAUUUACAUGAGUUGAGUAGUGAAAACAUUUUAAGGGCAGAGAGCAAUAUGCAUUUCAAAAGCUGAAAAAGGACCCUCAUAAAUCCAUCUUGGUAUCUGUGAAUAACUCUCCUUACAGUUAACACUAAUUUGAUAUUAGUUUCUUUUUUCCAGUUGACAUCAGAAUCAGUUUCUUUCUUCCUAUCGCCACCAUGUUGAUAUCGUUAUCUGUAACUGCUGUAGCAUGACUUUAGUUUUUAAAGGGAAUGAUAAUAGUAUCACAGCCACAAAUUUGUCAUCAUUAUGUAUUAUAAUAAAAGAAACACGUUUUCAAGAUUGGAAUAUAUUGUCUUCUUCAGGGUGUCAGAUACUAAAACAAGUCAGUCUAAAAAUAUAAACUUAUGAACGUGGUGAAAUAUAAACUUCAAUGGAUAUAAAUGUUCUCUGCAUGUGGUGUUGAUUUUAGGUGUGUUUGUUUUUUCUGAUAUAUGAUAUUUUUUUGUUAACUUUUGAUUUGGUGUGUUUAUCACCAUGUUGACAUGUUUACUUUUUCAUAUGCUUGUGUUUUUACUUUGACACAUGCUAAAGAGGAUAGAAUCCAAUCUUGAGGAUUGGUGUUUGUUUAAUUAUAACAAUUAGCAAUAAAUGUUCCUUCAAAUGUCCCAUUUGUCGUCAAAUGUUGUCAAUAAUAAACUUUCAAUACAACGUGUUUUUUAAUCAGCUACUGAGGAUAACAGAAUGUUAUUGUUUCUGCUAUUAACUUAUUCAUUGUUAAUGACUGUAAUUAAUUAUUAUUUCAUUGGAUAUUGUAGGUUUAUAGCUUUAUGCUCAGAGUUCAAACAGUUAAUUGUAAGCAAUUUGGUGUUAUUUUAACCUUUAAAGCACGGAAGAAAAUGUGAUCUCAGUUCAAUUAGUGUGCAUUUGGAGAUUUAAAAAGUUCUGUUUUUGCAGUUAAAGUUAAAUUUGUUUUCUAUUUCUUGGAAGAAAACAACAAAUUUUUUUAAACUCCAUCGGUUGUACACUGUAUACAUGAGUGCACCAUAUGUAUGGUUAUAUCCGCAUGCUUGCUGCACUUUGCAUCGUAGGAUGAAACAUUGAUAUAAGAAUAGCACUGGUUUUGUAUUGAUUUUUCACGUGAUACACAAUGAUUUACUUCCAGAUGGUCAUAAAUCAAUACAUUACGCAUCCCUACCAAUUCGCAGCAUUAUUCGUGUACACACAAUAAACUAAAAAAAACUAUAAGGAUAAUCCCAUAUGCCACGUUUAACGCAAUUCUGACGGUAUGGACUUAUCCGUAAGCCAAGGGUUAAAUUAGCAGGGAUGAAUUGUUAUUUGUUCAUAUGAUCUUAGAACAUUUAUUUUCCUGUUAAGGUCAUAUAAAGAUAUUUUCUUUUACAUUUAAGGGUUGUUAAUGUCUCAGUUGAAAUACAACAAAUAAGUUCAAAAUUGUUCAAUGAUUUUAAAUUAAAAUUACAUUGAAAUGUUUUAACAAUAAGUUUCUAAAAGAUGAUGUUUAUGAAAAUUAUUCAUACAUAUUUAUAUUCUAUACAUUUUUAAAUUUAUUCAAUGACAGAAAGAAAUAUUGAAUUAAAUUUAAAAGUAUCUUUGGUUACAAACUUGUCUGUCAUAUUUGCUAAGUUAGUGUCUUUCCGAAGAUAAGAAGCUAGUAAGAUCAUUGCUGUUCCUGUAUAGUUUUAAAAAUGCAAUUGAAAUUAUUCAUCAUUCAUAAAUGUUCGAGUUCUUGAUACCUUUCAAUGUUCUUGGUUUGUUUUAAAGAACCUAUAAAAGUAUUAAUUUGAAUUAUUACAUUUUUUUGUAUUUACUUUUAUUGGUACAAACUCCUUUUGGAAGCCAGGGCAGGCGUUCACAAGGCCAUAGUUAGACUUAGAAUUUGAUUAAAUAUUGAUUCCAACUGUUACUACUCCCUAGGUAUAGGUAGUGUAGCUUAAAAAAGUGUCUGAUUACUGACCAUUUAGUUAGUCAUCUGUUCCAGGAUUAUGAUAAGGCUUGUGUUUAGUUGUAUGUUUAUUGACAAAAAUCUAUAUUUUGUACUGCAAAUAAUAAAUUGUGAUAUGAUGUACAGAAAGGGGCGGGCCAUUGAUAAUCUUGUUUAUAAAUUUAAUGUUGUCUAUUAAAUUUAUGGUCAAUACGUUUA